UUUGCUAAAUCAUAUAACUAAUACUAUCUCAAAACACAAACCCAUUAGUUCUUAAUGGGUGACGCAACCAAGGAGGAUGUCUCUGGCUCUAGCCGAAAAGUUGUGGGAAAGAAAAGAAGAGCGUAUUUCUUUAGGAAAUGGACAAAAAUCGAUGUAAUGAGAGCCUCCUCUGUUGGGACCGUGCAUUUCUUGUGUCUCUUGGCUCCUUUUUACUUCAAAUGGGAAGCUCUCCUAUUCGGUGUUAUUCUCGCUUUUCUGACUUCCCUCUGCAUUACGUUCUCGUACCAUAGAAACUUGGCUCAUCGGAGCUUUAAGCUACCUAAAUGGCUUGAAUAUUCAUUUGCUUAUUUUGCCCUUUUCGCGCUUCAGGGUCAUCCAAUAGAUUGGGUGAGCACACAUAGGUUCCAUCAUCAGUUCACAGAUUCGGACCGUGACCCACAUAGCCCUAUGGAAGGAUUCUGGUUCAGUCAUGUCUUCUGGAUAUUCGACACCAAUUACAUCAGAGAAAAGUGUGGAGGACGUGACAACGUGAUGGACUUGAAGCAGCAAUGGUUCUAUAGGUUUCUACGAAACACCGUUGGUCUCCACAUCAUGACGUUUUGGACCCUCGUCUACUUGUGGGGUGGUCUACCUUACCUAACUUGCGGAAUUGGUGCUGGAGGAGCGAUCGGUUACAACGGGACAUGGCUCAUCAACUCAGCUUGCCAUAUCUGGGGCUCACGAGCAUGGAACACCAAGGACACAUCUCGUAACAUUUGGUGGCUGGGACCAUUCACGAUGGGAGAAAGCUGGCACAACAACCACCAUGCCUUUGAAGCCUCAGCUAGGCAUGGACUUGAAUGGUAUCAGGUAGACUUGACUUGGUACCUCAUUUCAUUAUUCCAGGCUCUCGGUUUAGCCACUGACGUCAAAUUGCCAUCAGAAGCUCAGAAACGCAAGUUGGCUUUCCCUCGUUAAUCUCAUCUCUGAUUCUAUCUAUUUCGCUUUCAACUUUGUGUGUUCUUGAUGAUAUGUACUCUGUGACUUUAUUUAUGUAAAACUGUGUUGGUAACAAUCAGUUCUCAUGAACAUGUAAAACUUGUCUGAUUCAAACAACUUAACUUUUUAAGUACA